AUGAAUAGUAUUCUUAUGUUUUCAUUUGGGAACAGGACCCGUGAAGAUUAUGUGUUCUUCGCUUUGGGCAAUGGAGUUUCACUAAGGAUUUUUUUAAAGCUGGGCCAGGGCAACUCGCGUUUUUAUCUUCAUACUCCAGUUGCUUUUGAAGCUCGUGAAGUGAAAAUGGAAUUCAUUGCUUCAAGGCACAAGCGCAUGAAAAGUGAUCCAGCUACAGAAAGAAUCCAUGAUGCUAAGAACGUCAUUUUCACAGCUCAACUACCUCCAAAAAAGGCUAUGGAGCAGGUGAAGAUUUGUCAAGAGCCUGUACUAAAACCUUGUGAAAGCAUUGAAGUUAAAAACAACACUCUAAAAGAAGAGAUUGAACAACUCCAGAAGCAACUCCAAGAUCAACUUGUAAUACGCAGUGAACUAGAGAAGGCAACGACUACCAGUCAAUCUUUCUUACAAGAUCCUCUUGAUGUAGCCUCACUUACAAAGUCUUCCAAGGAUCUAAUCAAAGAAAUAUCCAUACUGGAAUUUGAAGUUAAGCAUUUGGAGAAGUAUCUUUUAUCAUUAUACCGAAAAACUUUCCAAAAAAAGGAACAAUCUUUAUCAAGAUCAAAGGAACAACAACAACAGUUGUCGAUUGUCAACUCUACAACUUUUGUAACAGCUCGAGCCUCCUUCGAUAAUCCACCUAAAGAUUUUUGCCCCAUUUUGGAAUCACAGCAACUGGAAGAUUCCUAUGUUAAUCGAAGCCACUCAUCACUUUCUUACAGAACUCCACCACUUUACAUGGCUGUUAAUCAUGCUGUGGAUUCAUACCAUUCUUUACCCUUAGGAAUGCUCGAGCUUGGUAAAGAUGAUUAUUCAAGCGUUAGUCUUUCUGAGCAUCUGGGUGGAUGUAUUUCCAAUAAUAUCCGUACAUCAGCAAACUGGCUUUCAGAGGAAAUGAUCAGGUGCAUCGCAAGCAUAUACAGUCACAUUGCAGAUCCACCCUUGAUUCAUCAUCAUGACUUCCUUUCAUCUCCCAUAUCAUUUCCAUCACCACCAAGUGGGUCUUCACCACGAGACCAGUUUAGCAUGUGGAGCCCACAUUGUGAGGAAUCAGUGGAGUUCAGUGGAAAUUACUUUACUACCCUUGAAGUUCAAGGUAUUUGCAAAAACACCCACAGGCCAAGUAGUGUUGAACAGAAGCAACGCACCUUCAGGUCUCUUGUUUCUCAGUUAGAACAAGUUGAUCCUAGAAAGCUGAAACACGAAGAGAAGCUAGCUUUCUGGAUCAAUAUACACAAUGCACUAGUAAUGCAUGUCUUCCUGGUUCAUGGAACUCCUCGUACUGCUCUCAAGAGGAUAUCAUUAGUCCAAAAGGCUGCUUAUAAUAUUGGUGGUCAUAAUAUUAGUGUUGGAGAUAUACAGAGUACAAUACUUGGAUGCAGACUGCCUCACCCUGGACAAUGGUUUCAAUCUUUGCUAUUUCCAAACCCAAAGUACAAGUCAAGAGAUGCACGAAAAGCUUAUGCAAUGAAACAGCCACAACCUCUUGUAUACUUUGCACUUUGUUCGGGAAGCCGUUCUGAUCCCAUGGUGCGAAUAUACACUCCUAAAAGUGUCUUCCAAGAACUUGAAGUUGCGAAAGAAGAGUACAUUCAUAAUAACUUCAAGAUCCAAAAAUCCCAAAAGAUGUUUCUCCCAAAGCUUGUGGAUCUUUAUGCAAAAGAUUCGGGUUUGUGUCAUGCCAUUUUAAUGGAAAUGAUUGAACAUUCGGUGCCUGAUUGUUACCAAAAGAGCUUCAAAUCGAUUAGAAAUGCAAAAUCUUUGAAGAAAAUCGAAUGGGUGGCUCAUGAUUUUGCUUUUAGGUAUAUACUUUCUCCUGAUUUAGCCAAGUGAAGUUCAAAAUCUUGAAGGUUUAAAUAGUGGUUAUUGAGAUUGAGAUUGAGGCUCCUAUGACUAGUGUUGUUGGAUUAUGAUGAUGUAUUGUAGUGUGAUAUGAGUGCCAUUCUUUACUACUAUUAUUAUUCUCUUGCAUUUUUAUGUAAAUUUUCAAAUAGCAAGAGGUGAGUUUGAUGAG